AUGGCAGCGACGGCGAAGACUGCUACAACUGAUCGAGGAGUCUGCUACACCUUCACCGCUGCCCUUGUCCUUCUCACCAGAUACACUUGUAUAUUCAAAAUCUUCCCAAAUCCUGCAGGAAAAUCAUCCUGCCACGUCCUGCAGGAGAGCGGAGCCCGCGUCGUGGACCUGCGAAGCGACACUCUGACGCAACCCUCCCCGGCCAUGAAGGAGGCGAUGAUGGCGGCGCCUCUCGGGGACGACGUCUUCGGCGAGGACCCGACGGUCAUCGCCCUGCAGGAGAAAGUGGCGAAGUUGCUUGAAAAAGAGGCCGCUCUGUUCGUCCCGACGGGCACGAUGCUGGGUGGUGUGCAUCCUCGGACCUUAAGAAACCUCUCAGAUGGCACCUUCAGUUUGGAAGAACUCCGGCAGCUGGUUCGCGGGGAGAAGCUACAGUGGCCUGUGACGUCAUUAGUCUGCGUGGAGAACACCCACAACAUGGUUGGCGGAAGGGUGCUGCCCCUCGCCUGGCUGGACGAGGUGAGGCGAGUUGGGCGCCACAUGCCGGGCCUUAGGCUGCCGGUGCACAUGGACGGAGCCAGGCUGAUGAACGCCGUGGCGGCGCUGGAGGUGCCCCCGGCGAGGCUGGUGCGCGACUGCGCCUCCGUGUCCGUCUGCCUCAGCAAGGGACUCGGGGCGCCGGUCGGCUCCUGA